GCAGCCUAUCGUAGAAUUGGUUUUUAGCGUCUUCAUCGUAGUCGUUGGUCGGCGCAUAGCAUUGGAUGAUGUUCAUUGUAAUGCCCUCUCUCUUUGUUCUGAAGGAGGCUUUGAUGAUCCUCGGUCCAUGAGAUUCCCAUCCUAUAAGUGCAUUUUGUGCUUUUCUAGACAGCAUCAGUGCCACUCCUUGUGUAUGUGGGGCAUUUUCUUCUUCAUGACCGGAGUAUAACAGAAGUUCCCCUGAAGAUAGUCGUUGUUGUCCAACCUGCGUCCAAUGUGUUUCACUGAUUCCAAGCACUUCCAGGUUGUAUUUCCUCAUUUCCGCAGAAAUUUGGAAGACUCUGCCGGUCUCCCACAUUGUCCGGACAUUCCAUGUACCUAUAAAAAUUGUCGCUCUGGUUGUAAGAAGGUGCAUCGGCCUCAUGACUUCCGAAGGAACUCGGCUUUCAUCAUGAGACGUCAUUUUUCCUUCUACUCCCAGGGCAGAGUUUGAAUGGUUUGAAUGAAUUUUUCUGGUUAGCGUUUUUUUAGCGAGUUGAUUUUCUACGGGAUGGGGUCGCUAACCCCAUGCCCAACCCUCCUCCUUUACCCGGGCUUGGGACCGGCAGUAGCCCCUGGAGGAGCUACAGGCGGAGUUGCUAUAUCAAUUCACCACCAAUAUUUUACUUGUACUUGCUAGAUGCCUAUUUUAGUAUAAUUUAUUGUGUGUCUGUGGUAUAAAACUGACUUCUUAUGUUAUGGACAUCCCAAAAUCUUUUAAUAAUUAGCAAAUUGCUCACCUAAUAGAAGAUCGAUUUAUCACAUGUAGGAUAUAAUCCUAAUUGAAUAUUAUUUAUUUAGAAGUAUAUCAGGUAGUCGAAAUAGUUUUAGGGAAUAAAUUUGCCAAAAACUCACAUCUGUGACCACACGUACACGAGAAGAGCGACAGACAGACUUCUGCAGACAUCUCUAAUGUUCUUGUUGAAAAUGUUGUUCAUUGAGACAUACUAUCCUACUUACUGUUUAAUCAUGUUUAAAGUUGUGGACGAGCUUUUGAAGUGUUCUUUUGCUUUUAGAAUAUGAUUCUCACCUAAUAUAUUUAUCAAUAGAAAGUAACAACAUACAAAAAAUUACGUAUAGUUUUGAUUGGUUAUAUUGUAAAAAGCAUUGAUAUAAUAUGCUUUGAUAUUUUAUAGGCUGAUAUUAUUAACCUCUCCCGAAAGUAUGUCAAAGCUUUGGCUGAAACUCAAAAUGUGGAUUUUGAUGAUCCUUACAGUGCAGAGCUGACGGGAUAUGACUUAAAGAAAACAUUGGCCGUUAUUCUGGAUGACAUGCUACGUCGUAUAGACCAGAUAGAAUUGAAACUCUCAAAUUUAACGAACUCAUCUCCUCAAUUAAAUAAACAUUAUUCCGAAUCUAUAAACUCGGGACCAAUUAUACCUCAUACUGCUCGAGGUUUAAAAAUGAGUAGUAAUAAGAAAUCAAGCUACAAGAAAAUUAACUAUUUGGAUCUUCUACAAGAUGCACAAGAAAACUGUGUUGUUCAGGCUAAAGAAAUACCACUAUACCCGGAAUGUUUUUCAAAGAUUGAAUGGUUACGAACCCGUUGGAAAACUCAUUCAUGUUAUGUUGAGUUAGGAAUCGAUGGAUCAGAAUGUUCAUUUGUCCGGUAUCUUAGUGAGGUUGAAAGUUUUUGUCCACAAUUGGAUAGCAGAAAAUUUAUGAAACGUCAUAGUGAAGCUCAGAUAACUCGAGAUCUUAAUGGUUUGGUUCGCAUAUUAUACUCAGUUAAAAAUCAUUUAUCAUCGAAAUCGUUUAUGAUUACACGGUUAAAACGUAUGUGGCCUGAUUGGUUAGCAGGAAUUCAACAUUAUAUAAAUGGAGUUAAUUCUCCACAAGCUAAUUAUUCAUCACUGGAUCAUUGUAGAUUUUGUUCUCCUGAUGAUAUAGCUUGUGCUGAUAUUUGUCAGUCUACCAAACUAAUAGGUCAGCCGUUUUUAUUCGGAAGACCGAAACUCAACAUCCUACUUCAUAUGGGGUUUUUAUCGAAUGAUUUCUAUAAGAAUUCUUUUGAAUCAUAUAUUUCUAAGGGUGGUCCCCUUGGUGAACUUGUUCAAUGGACUGAUCUCAUUGCUGCCCUCUACAUUCUUGGACACAACAUAACAAUUACUUAUGAAGCUGCUGAAGCAAAAUUAAAUCUUUUACAUCCCUACUCAUCUUCCGUAGCUUGUCAGGUAGAAAAUAAUAAAUACGAUUUAAUAUAUACAGAUAUUACAGGAUUUAGAAAUUUGAAAAAAGUGAACAUCCGGACUCCAUUAUGUAAAUUUCGUAUAUUGGAUACAUUUGGAACGGAAGCCCUCUAUAAUCGUAAAAAAGAACUUUGGAGUGGAUUACAUUUGAAUUUACAGCAAUUCUAUACAUUUUUCCCUCAUUCACCGGAUAACACAUUUCUGGGUUUCGUUGUUGAAAUACUCGCACCCAAAUAUAAAGCAUCUCGUCAAUCAUCAUCUAAACCUGUUGCUCUUGUCUAUGGAAAAGAGUCUUACAUGUGGGCUAAUAAGACGAAUUAUUUGCGAAUUUUAUCGGAUUACUUUGAAAUACAUGGGAAUGUGUUGGAUAAAGUUGAGAACUUACCAAAAUUUGUACAUAUACACCAAAUACAAUAUGGUCAACCAUAUUUAGAAUUAAUGUCGAAAGCUCAAAUUAUGAUUGGAUUGGGAUUUCCUUACGAAGGUCCUGCACCUUUAGAAGCAAUCGCUAAUGGUCUCAUUUUUCUUAAUCCUCGUUUUGAUCCGCCUCACAGCAGAAGCAAUCAAGCAUUUUUUACUGAUAAACCUACUUCACGUUCUCUUACCAGCCAACAUCCGUACAUAGAAAAUCAUAUCGGUGAGCCUUACUCAUAUUUGGUUGAUAUGGACAAUGAAACACAGAUACGCUUAACUAUCGAACGUUUUCUGACCAACAUUUCUAACGGAACCUAUCGUCCUCACGAAUAUAGUCCGUGGGGUUUUCUCGAACGUCUUAAUGCUUAUUUGACACGCCAAAAUAUCUGCGCCACACCUUUUUACAAAAACUUGAUCCAGUCUCCACUGCCGAUAGCAAAAGCUGACACGCCUCCUAAAUUUAACUACCUAGAUGUCCCUGACAUUGCUGUUUCAUGGCCUCCAGCAUCAAGUUUAACAAUAGUUUUGGGGUCUCGUGGUAAAUCUUGUGCAGAUGUGUGUAUGAAUCUGGGAACUUCAGAACAUACUUUAUUACUGCCUUCCAAUAUUUCUACUUACUCUAUUCGUAACAACACGCAACAUCAACAAAUACAGAAUGGUUACAUUUACUAUCGUUCUAUUCACUCUACGCCUUCGCCAAACUUGUCUUAUCUUUAUACGUUUCGCUGUUCUCCAGAACAUUUUCCAAGUGUUAAUCAUCGACUAAACCUUCAGUAUUUAGGUGUUUCUUGUCCUAAUAUUACCUACACAACUAGUUCAAUGGCACCAUAUUGGGACGACGCUGGAAGAUCAUGUGUUUUUCAAGCUAGUAAUGAAUGGUUUGACUGUACUGCCUCAGGAACCUCUAAUGGGUCUGAUGUAUUUUAUCGUUUUUGUCCUUGUCGUGAUGCUCUUCCUAACCAGAUUUCUUUAUGUUCUAACUGUUUGUGACAAAAUAUUCUAUUCCAUAAUGAUUACAUGUAUAGAAAAUUAUAAAAGCUACAUUUAUAUUUUCACCUUUCUGUACGGUUGUAUAUAAAUCGUAUUAUGUACUUUCUUUAACAUUUUAAGUGUACGGUGAAUUACUGAAUAUUUAAUUGUUAUUUUCUGUCGAAAAGCAUUUUACCCUUAUCAGUCUGUAAGAUUGAUUAAUAUGUUUACUAUUAACUGCAUUUUAAUUUUGUAUUUACUUCUUAUAAAUUCUAGUUUACAAUAUUUUUCUUUUCUAAAGUUUUUGUUCCUUCAGAUUUUUCCUCAUAAGAAUUUAAUUUAAAAUUUCUUUCUAUAUUUAUUCUUAUUUUCAUGUUUGUACAACGUAUUUUCGAAAUGUAUGAAAUAAUAUUAUUGUGUGUUAGGAAACU